AUAUUAAGUGGAUAUUCUUUGAAAAUUCUUACCUUCUGGCCUGAUGUAAUAUAUGGUGUUACGUAGUGUGAAUCUAACACAGCCAUUAAUCAUGACAGUAAUUCUUACUUUAGGUUUUACUGUCCUCUUACCUUUGAGAAAUCCAGAAGUUAACAAAAAUUGGAGAGCAUGGACCAGGCACGCUUGGAGAACAAUUCAGUGUUUACAUGCUGCCUCUGUCACUGGUUGGUAAUUUGUCACAUGAGUAUUGGAUAUGAAUUUGUGACAGACUUGUGUGAAUAUUCCUCGGCUUUCCCUCCCCCCCCCCAUAUACACAGCACUGUCAUCACUGGAUCUUAAGCUUAACCUUCUAGUUGAGUCUAGACUUCAUGUCUCCAUAUUGAAGUGUUCUGUUACUUCCCUACACAUUGGGUCUUCCUGAUAAUAAAAUCACUUCAGUACAGAAUGUAACAUAAUAUGAGUUUAUCUUUGCUCUUGCUUAGGAAUGUAGAAACUAGGAAAACUUGGUUACAAUAGUUUCAUCACAGUCUUUCACCAUAAAAUAGUUUUUAUCAUGUGUACCUCAAAAGAGUGUUGUGGAGUCAGUGACCUAUAUUUAUAUUUGUCUUAAAUUUUUAUUGUGGGCUUAGGUGAGUAAUUGUCGCAGUGGACAAGAGAGGUAGUAUCUAAUAUCUUGAUCCUUUGUUCUCUUAAAAUUCUUGACAGGUAAGACAUUCUAUCUAGUAGGAGGUGAGAACCACGAAUUCUGCUAAUUUCAAAUCUUCAUAUGAGAUUGCAUGAUCUGGACAGCAAAAAACGUCCCUGAACUGAAGUGCAGCCAAAAGAAUGAUGAUGUAACUAAGAAGGCAAUUUAAUUUCUUCAAAUGUGCUGCAUCAAACUCUACUGCUCAGAAGUAGGACAUAACAAAAUAGUAAAGAAUCACUGCUGGAGUUUCAAAAAUGACUAAAAAUCAUUGAGGCCAGGAUCUGUUUCAUAUUUAUUAGUAUAGAAAUACAUUGCUGUAAAAGAUUCAAACAAUGCAGAAAUUUACAGACUAAAAACUAUAAAGGUCCUUCAGUCUCCUACCUAGACAAAUGAAAUCCAGUUUAUCAGUUUAUUCUUUUAUGGAUUUUGCUUUUGGUGUCAUAUCUAAGAAAUCUUGACCUAACCUAAGGCAGUGGAAAAGGAAAUGGCUGUUCCUAAUCACCUCUGCAUUCGCCGCUGGACUACCAAGCAUGUAGCUGUUUGGCUGAAGGAUGAAGGCUUUUUUGAAUAUGUGGACAUUUUAUGUAAUAAGCACCGACUUGAUGGAAUCACAUUGCUAACAUUGACUGAAUAUGAUCUCCGGUCUCCUCCUCUGGAAAUCAAAAUCUUAGGGGACAUUAAAAGGUUAAUGCUCUCAGUCCGAAAAUUGCAGAAAAUACAUAUUGAUGUUUUAGAAGAAAUGGGAUACAACAGUGACAGUCCCAUGGGUUCCAUGACACCUUUCAUCAGUGCUCUUCACAGCGCAGAGUGGCUCUGUAAUGGAGAGCCUUCACAUGACUGUGAUGGACCGAUCACUGAUUUGAAUUCUGAUCAGUACCAGUACAUGAAUGGUAAAAACAAACAUUCUAUUCGAAGAUUGGACCCAGAGUAUUGGAAGACCAUAUUGAGUUGUAUAUAUGUUUUUAUAGUAUUUGGGUUUACAUCUUUCAUUAUGGUUAUAGUCCACGAGCGAGUGCCUGAUAUGCAGACCUAUCCACCACUCCCAGAUAUAUUCUUAGACAGUGUUCCUAGAAUCCCAUGGGCCUUUGCCAUGACAGAAGUAUGUGGCAUGAUUUUGUGCUAUAUUUGGCUCCUGGUUCUUCUUCUCCACAAACACAGGUCAAUACUUCUUCGAAGGCUCUGUAGUCUGAUGGGUACUGUGUUCUUGCUUCGCUGCUUUACCAUGUUUGUGACCUCCCUCUCCGUGCCAGGACAGCACCUGCAGUGUACUGGAAAGGUAUAUGGCAGUGUAUGGGAGAAACUGCGCCGGGCCUUUGCCAUUUGGAGUGGCUUUGGUAUGACCCUAACUGGUGUUCACACUUGCGGAGAUUACAUGUUCAGUGGUCACACAGUCGUCCUAACUAUGCUGAAUUUCUUUGUCACUGAAUAUACACCAAGAAGCUGGAAUUUCUUGCACACUUUAUCCUGGGUUCUCAACCUCUUUGGAAUCUUCUUCAUUUUGGCUGCCCAUGAACAUUAUUCCAUUGAUGUGUUUAUUGCCUUUUAUAUCACGACAAGACUCUUUUUGUACUACCAUACUCUAGCCAAUACCAGAGCAUAUCAGCAGAGUAGGAGAGCAAGAAUUUGGUUUCCCAUGUUUUCUUUUUUUGAAUGCAAUGUUAAUGGUACAGUACCUAAUGAAUAUUGUUGGCCAUUUUCAAAACCAGCAAUAAUGAAAAGAUUAAUUGGAUAAAGACUACCUUUGUAAUGGGUUCUUGAUUAAAUAUAUAGUAGUUGUCGAAAGUGAGUAACUUUGCUUUCUCCCCCUAGGUUGUUCCUGGAUGCCUUGCUUUUGGGCUUAUAUGUUGACAAAGUAAAGUUCAUAUUCUGAGCAAGGCUAUGAUUAUAGAAAUCAAGAAAGAACAAUCAAGAGUCCUUACAUAUCUGUUUGAAUAGGAAGCUUAAGUUUAAGUAGAUGUUUCCUGACCCUUCUUUUUCAACAAACUUAAUGUUGUGAUUGAAGUCAGAUUGUUACCUUUACCUGUUGAGUACUGGCUUGUUGAACUUAAGCAAUUUGCUGGUUGAAAGUGGUUCUGUUUGUUUGUUUGUUUGUUUGUUUGUAAUUUCAUUAGGACUCUAGUCAAGAAAUAAUUUUUUUUAAGCUCCUUAAUAUCUUCAAGGGAAAAACCCCUACCAAGUGAGCAGUAUUUGUUCUUUGAACUGAUCUCUGUAUUCUUGAAAAUUGCAACUCUAGAAAGUAAUCUGUAUUACUAACAAAUAAUUUUUGCCUCCUGAACCAUCUUUAAGAAAAGUAUCCUGAACAUACUAGGAUGCCUGAAACCAGAAGAAAAUGAAAGGGGCUAUCCACGAAGUAACUGACUACAAAUAUGGUACUGGCAUUUUUCACCAAAGAUAAAACACAAGAUGCAGUUCCUAUUUUGUUCUGAGGGCUCAGUAUGACCAUCAGUCAGUAUUUUUGAGGGAAAAGUGGCUGCAUCCAUAAAAAUCAAAUUGGCUUAAUUUUAGUGAGGUAGGUACCUGGAACAACUUUGUGCUGUAGUUGUUAGUUAGACUUAUGACAACCCAAUUUUAUGAUAUUUAAUGAUGUUAUUUAAUGAGUAAAAUAGUGGAGUGUUUUACCAAAUGUUAGAUAAAGUUCUGAUGUCUUUAAGUAGGGAGGUUUGCAUGCAAAGAAUAUUUUUUCUAUUUCUGAAAAGAAACGAUAACAGGUUGCAGGCAUUAUACAAUUAUUUGGUUUAAUAUUUGUCAUUCUUGGCCAUCAGAAGUAAACAGUCUCAAAUAUAUUUGGAUAUAAAAAGGUUUUGUUGUUUUUCAUUUUUAAAUACAAUUGUGUACAUACAUUCUUUCUAUUUUGUCUUAAUUUGGCAGUCAGGAAGUGAUAUAACUUAGUUACUGUUUACACUAGAAAUUUAGUACCGUAAGUAAUCUGACCCCUGUGAUAACAUUUGUCACUUUGCUUUUAAUGAUUUUAAUAGUUAUGACAGUAGAAUGGUUAUGGAAUUGGAAUUUGAGCCCCAACUGAUUGAGCUUAGCCACUUGGAAAACUAAGUGUGUAGUUUUUACAUUCCAUUUUAAAACAAGGAGUUAGAAAAAGUGCUGACAUACUGAGGUCUAAAAUUAGGCCACUUAGCUGAAAUCUGCUUGUCAUGUGGGUGAAAUAUUUUGUUUUUGCAUUUUGAGUCCUAUUCCCACCCUUGUAUAAGGUACAGAGGAGCUUGAAGGGAGUGAGCAGGAAAGGAAUAUUACGCAAACAAGUUUCAGCCAGUGCUGAAUUACCCCAAUUUGAGUCUACUCUGAACAUUAUAUCUUAUUUCUCACCUGAGAAAUGACACAAGGCAAUUCAAAUUUUAUUAUGAUUUUAAAACUCACACUUUAGAAUCUUAUAUCUUAAAUUGUUGAUUGUUUUACCUGCUAGGGACAAAAAUGCCAACAUUUCAUGUAAGGAAACUGCAUAAUCAUGAAAGGUGAAGGAUGUUUCCUAUGGCUCUUGAGGUCAAAUUAUGUGUAACUAGCAUUCUUUCCAACUGACAGAGCAAGACAGUAUUUUAGCUAGGGAGGGACUUAAUGUUAGCUUUUGGAAAAAUGUUUGAAGAAAAUCUGUGGCAACAUUAAUUCAAGAAUGUUAGAUAGCUACUUAAUGAUAAAUUUCCUAACGUCAGUCUUCUUUCCUUUAUAUGGAUUCUAUUCUAGAACAAAAUAGAAAAAAAAAAUUGUAACUAACUUUGCAGAGUGCCUAACAGCAGACUGCAAUGAGGAUUGUAAAAUAAGUUUUCAACCUUGCAUUUAUCGUAUCUGAUUUGAGGAAAAGGUAAGCCAAAUUUAUAAUUUAUAACUAAUACAAGGCAGUGUUUACAUAAAUUCAUCAUCUCCAAGUCUCUUUCUUGGAAAACUUGGACACAAAAUUCUUUUCCAUUUCUUUUUUUAAUAUGAAACCUAUAUUACAGUUGUGUUUUGUUUUGUUUUGUCCAGAAACUCUCCAGAUUUUGUCUUUGUAUUUUUUUUCUUGUUAAAAUCUAAACCAUUGGAAAGGUGGUAUUUAUAUUCACAUUUUGGGUAUGAAUGUGGCUAGGUGGAGAAGCUACAUGCCUUAGAUCUAUAUAUUUUUUUGCCCUGUCUUCAGUUGCACGCUUGUGAAAGCUUAUAAAAUACUGAAAGUUCAGUAUAGAAGGAACCAAGAAGGUUUUGGUUUGGGGAAUGCAAACUGGAGGUUAUAUUGAAAGUCCUCAAUGCAUUUCUCUAUGUUCCUGAGGACAGUGUAGCCUUUUUUGUCUUUUUUUCUUUUUUUAAGUCCAUGCAGGACAUUGUUAACUGAAGGGUAAUUGAAGUUAGUAGAGAGUAGGAGAUUUUGAAGAAGGCACAUUUAUUGUUAUUACUGAAUAAUUUGGGAGAAACCUUUUUUGGCUUUGCUGCAAAAUUCUCAAAUGCCUAUCCUUUCCAUAACUCUCUGUGGUCAGAAUUGCUGGGGUAAAAAUACAACUUCCAUAUCUGAUUAAGUAUUUUUUUCGUAAUCAGAAAGCAAUGAAGGUGAUCUUAGAACCAGUCAGCUGAAGAAAUGUGGACUGUUCACAACAAAACAUCUGUUGACUAAAAGACCUGCUGAUUGUGUAAUGAUUUACACACACCACAAGUGGCUCUUUCUUACCCUGUACCUGCCUGAGUGUUGUUACUUAGAAUUUCAAAAAUCUUACAAUUUGUAAAUGGAGAACUGAGGAACCAAAUCCUCUUAUAGCUUAUAUGAAAGUCUGUUUUAGAGACAUCUGUUUGGAAAGUGUUAUUUAUAUUUCAAAGUCAUAUUCAUAACACUAACCUGCUUUCAGUGUAUUCAGCAAAAGGCAAUUUCAUCAUUAGUUUUAUAGUAAACAUUUUUUAAGGAUUCUUGUUCUAAAAUGCUUGAGAACGUUAACCAUAUUCUUGUUUUAAACUCUGUGAUCUAAUAAAUUUACUUCUUUGAUAGUCUUUGUAGACCUAAGUUAUCCCUUAAAAAAAGUAAUUAUAGUAAUAGUCAUGUGUCAGUUCUUUAAGGUAUUCAGGCAUUUGAGACAAGAAAGUUCUCUUUUAGAAUAGUCCAAUAGCUUUCUUAAGCAGGAUUGGUUUCAUUUAGAUAGUUUCAAAGCCAACAAAGCAUGUCAGUUUUAAUGCCAUCUUUACUUGGUGGUUAAGAUGGUGUGCACUUGUAAAAGUGUAGCCUGAAUUACCCCCUUACCUUUGUAGAGGUGACUUGUUAGUAACAUCAAAAGUCAGACUGCUUCACAUGACAAGUGAGAAAGGAAAGAGGUUGAGGAUUUUUCCCUCUCUGUGUUUGAGAAGCUCUGAAUGACUGAAAUUACGAUGAAAGUAGGUUUUGGUCUCCCCUCUCACCUACCCCUCACACCCAGUGAAUGCCACCAAUUUCAAGUAACUUAAAUGUGGCCUAUUAUUUUGCAUCAAGUUCAAUAAGAAUAUCUAUGAAAUCUAUAAGCCAUAAUUCAGCUACUGGUAAGGUUGGUUUUUAGAAUAUGUUCUACCCUAAAUUAGCCAAUGGACUUUUUAUUCAGUGUACUCCAUGUUUAAGCAUAAGGAUGCUUUGUGCCUGAUGUGGAGGGAGAAGGAAUACUAUGAUAAUUUUGUUGUUAUUUCAGGUCUGUUUCAGUAUAAACUACUGGCUUAUUAGUUAGUCAUCUUAAAAAUGCUUUAUUUUAAUAAUUUUUUUUGAGAGAAUCUAUGGAUUAUUAGGACAAUUGAAGUAUUCCUGAUAUGGAACAAAGGAAGUGGAAACUGGUACUGAGCGGGGGAAGCAAAAUUAGUUUGCUAAACUAAAGUGGGCAUGUUUUGUUUUAAGAACACUACCUAAAUGUCACUCUGUCCACAGAGGAAACUAGUAUUACUUGAAGAUGUGAACGUUCCUGUGGUAGCCAUACCUUGAAGCACAGUAUUGUAUAUAAGUAAAUAUCUUGAUUCUAAAUUAAAUCCAGAUUUAACUAAUAUAUAUUAUUUUAUAUCUUUGUUGUAUUAAAAUGUUUAAAAACACUAAAAAUAAAACAUUUGAAAGUUG